CCAGAUCAAGAGUGAACCUGUUAGAGGAUGGAGUCUGAAACCUCCAGUGCCUCUAGUGUGUUAUCAGUGAAAGACUAAGCACAAAUGUUUUGGGUAUUUCAGGAAUCAGUGACAUUCCAGGAUGUAGCUGUGGAAUUCACCUUGGAGGAGUGGAUACAUUUAGAUCCCUCUCAGAAAAAGUUAUACAGGGAUGUCAUGCUGGAGAACUAUAGGAACUUGGUAUCUUUGGGGAGCAAAGAAUUUACUGGAAAGAAAUCUUUUGAAUGUAGUGAAUGUGGGAAGGCCUUCAGGAGUAAGACACAACUUACUGUGCAUCAGAGCAUUCAUACUGGAAAGAUUCUUUAUGCUUGUAAAGAGUGUGGGAAGGCUUUCAUCUACCAAUCAGAACUUCGUCUACAUCAGAGAAUUCAUACUGGAGAGAAACCUUAUGAAUGUAAUGUAUGUGGGAAGGCCUUCAGUAAGAAAUCAAGUCUUGCUGUGCAUCAGAGAAUUCAUACUGGAGACACACCUUAUGAAUGUAGUGAAUGCCAGAUGGCCUUCAAGAGUAAGGCACAUAUUAUUUUUCAUCAGAGAAUUCACACUGGAGAGAAACCUUAUGAAUGUAGUGAAUGUUCCAAGGCCUUCAGGAGUAAGACACAACUUACUGUGCAUCAGAUAAUUCAUACUGGACAGAAACCUUAUGAAUGUCAUGAGUGUGGAAAGGCCUUCAGGAGUAAGGCAGAUAUUACUGUCCAUCGGAGAAUUCAUACUGGAGAGAAACCUUACAAAUGUAACGUAUGUGGGAAGACCUUCAGGAGGAAGCCACGUCUUACUGUGCAUCAUAGAAUUCAUACUGGAGAGAGACCUUAUGAAUGUAGUGAAUGUGGGAAGGCCUUCAGAAGAAAGACACAACUUACUGUACAUCAUGGAAUUCAUACUGGAGAGAAACCUUAUGAUUGUAGUGAAUGUGGGAAGGCCUUCAGGAAUAAGACACAACUUACUGUGCAUCAGAGAAUUCAUACUGGAGAGAAACCUUAUGGAUGUAGUGAGUGUGGAAAGGUCUUUACCAGGAAGCCAAAUCUUACUGUGCAUCAGAGAGUUCAUACUGGAGAGAAACCUUAUGAAUGUAUUGACUGUGGGAAGGCCUUCCCAAGGAAGGAAAAUCUCAAAAAGCAUCAGAGAAUUCAUACUGGAGAGAGGCCUUAUGAAUCUCGUGAAUGUGGGAAGACUUUUUUACAGAGAUAUGAACUUAUUCGACAUCAAAGAAUGCAUACUGGAGAGAAACCUUAUGAAUGUACUGUCUGUGGUAAGGCCUUCAGCAUGAAUGCAAAUCUCACUGUACAUCAGAGAAUUCAUACUGGAGAGAAACCUUAUGAGUGUAGUGAAUGUGGGAAGUCCUUUAGACAGAGGACACACCUUUAUGUCCAUCAGAGAAUUCAUACUGGUGAGAUUCCUUAUGAAUGUAGUGAAUGUGGAAAGGCCUUCAGGAGGAAGACGCAACUUACUGUCCAUCAAAGAAUUCAUCCUGGAAAGAUUCUUUAUGAGUGUAAGGAGUGUGGGAAGGCUUUCUUCUGCAAGUCAGAUCUUAUUAAACAUCAGAGAAGUCAUAUUGCAGAGAAAGCUUAUGAAUGUAAUGAAUGUGGAAAGGCCUUCAGGAGUAAGAUACAACUUACUGUACAUCAAAAAAUUCAUCCUGGAAAAAUUCUUUAUGAAUGUGAGGAGUGUGGGAAGGCUUUCCAUAGAAACUCACAUCUUAUUAAACAUCAAAGAAUUCAUACUGGAGAGAAACCUUAUAAAUGUAGUGAAUGUGGAAAGGCCUUCAAGAGGAAGGUGCAUCUUAACCUGCAUCAGAGAAUUCAUUCUGGAGACAUUCUUUAUGAAUGUAAGGAGUGUGGGAAGGCUUUCCUCUACAACUCAGAUCUUAAUCGACAUCAAAGAAUUCAUAGUGUAGAGAAACCUUAUGAUUGUACUGUAUGUGGAAAGGCAUUCAGGAAUCAAACACAACUUACUGUGCAUCAGAGAAUUCAUACUGGAGAGAAACCUUAUGAAUGUAAUGAAUGUGGGAAGUUUUUUAGACAGAGGACACACCUUUAUAUGCAUCAGAGACUUCAUACUAGAGACAUUCUUUAUGAAUGUAAGGAGUGUGGAAAGGCUUUCCCUUACAUCUCAGAUCUUAUUCAACAUCAGAGAAUGCAUACUGGAGAGAAACCUUAUAAAUGUACUGUGUGUGUGAAAGCCUUCAGGAGUAGGACACAACUUACUGUGCAUCAGAGAAUUCAUACUGGAGAAAAACCUUAUGAGUGUAGUGAAUGUGGGAAGUUCUUUAGACAGAGAACACACCUUUAUAUCCAUCAGAGAAUUCAUAAUGGAGAGAUUCUUUAUGAAUGUAAGGAGUGCGGGAAGGCUUUCUCCUACAACUCAGAACUUAUCCGACAUCAAAGAAUUCAUACUGGAGAGAAACCAUAUGAAUAUACUAUAUGUGGUUAGACCUUCAGGAUGAAGACAUAACUUACUGUGCUGAAGAAAAUUCAUACGGGAGAGAUUCUUUAUGAAUAUAAGUGUGAGAACACUUUCCACUACAACCCAGAACUUAUCCAACAUCAAAGAAUUCAUACAGAGAGAAGCCUUACAAAUGUACUGUAUAAAGGAAGACCUUCUGCGGAAUGUAGAACUUACUGAACAUGAGAACAUUUAUUCUGGAGAGAGACUUUUUGAAUGUAAUGAAUGUGGGAAGACCUUCAUAGUUAGGACACAGCUUGCUCAGCAUCAAAGAAUUCAUUCUGUAGAGGAAUCUUAUGAGUGUAAUGCAUGUGGGGAAGGCUUUUAAACUGAGGAUUUUGAUUUAUUUCCAUCAGCAAAUUCACACUGGAGAGAUUGUUUAUGAAUGUAAGGAAUGUGAGAAGAUCCCCUAGCUAAGUAGACUAUGAUUCUGAGUCUCUAGAUGAUGUUCAGAGAGUCCUUAUUUAGCCCCCAUGGGAUAAAGAGAUAGCCCUCCUUUCUGUGGAGCCCUCUAAUGGGAUAAAGAUUAGUGUUAUCUUUCCAUGGUCUUUCAGGGAAUGAGAGGCUAUACUGGUUGGGCAGGGGAUACUGAGUGGCUGCUGGUAUUGGAAAAGCUUUGGUAUUAGCUUUGAUCCCUGACAUAUGUCGUGCAAGAGGUAUAUGAAUUACCUCUUGGCCAUCAGGUAAUCAUGAUGUGUGCUAUGUAAUUGUUGACUCUACUUGAGGAAGUAUGAUCUGAGCUAUAUUCUUGAUUUUGAUGAUUUUGCUUCUGCUCAUAUUCAUCAGGGUAGCCACUGUGAACCGCAAAGAUUUGGAAUCUCUUUAGUUAAAACAAAGCAUCAAAAGGACUUGUGGCAGAUGUUGAUGGGAUAUGAUUCCUUCCUAGUUUUCUUAAUGUCAAAUGAAGAAAUUCAGUUAAGUGCAGGUGAAUGAUAUGAGUAACUAUAAUUCUCUUAAGGUAGUCAAAUUCCUUAUCGUAUGAUUGGUUGUUAUUUAUGCAUUUUCCAUUGUGGCUGACUCUUUGUGACCUGCUUUGGGGUUUUCUUGGCAAAGAUACUGGAGGGGUUUACCAUUUC